CCGCUCGAUAGCGAAACCCGACUGCAGAACAUGGACUGGUGUACUUGUGGGAACUGCGUUGACCACCGAAAGGUGAAGGAGAAUGUGUGCUGCCGGGAGCAGAUGCGUGUUUGUGAGCGAAGGGAGAAGGAGCCCGGCAUUGACUGCAUUACCCAACACCACGGAUCUCCCCAAGUCUGCCUAGCCGUGGACGUACUAGAAACAGCAUACUUUGCUUAUCGGGAUCAUUACGGGGUGACCUUUGGAAACGACUGGAAGCGGUACACUGCGUACCGACAGUUUGUGCGCUGGUGCUACGAGUUCCUUGGAAAGAAGAACCGGGUUACUCUGCCCUCUUGCACUGUGGCUGCUAUAAGAAACCACUUCCCGUCUCCAGACUACACAGGCUUCCGGGAAGCUGACGACUAGAGAUGUCUUCUGCUGAACUUGUGCUAAGCCUACCUACUUUACCUUUGAUAGUGUAGUUGGUAGAAACUUUAUUUCUCUAGCUAAGAACUUCGUAAUAUGUAAAAACUACAAUCGACAAUGAUAUGUGUCAGAAAGUCCCCUGUUGGGACUAAUAAAUGUUGCACUGUGUUACGUAUGACAACCAAUGGAAUCAACUACAUUUUGUAAGAGGUAGAUAGUAUCCCUUCUUGGGAUUAGCAACAAUAUCAGUCAACUUUACUUCUCAAACUCAGAAC